GCGCCGGGGCCCGGGGCGCAUGGAGCCGCGCUGAGCGACGCCGCCGCCGCCGCGACACCGCCGGGCGGGCGGGGGCUGCGCCGGCACCGCCGCCCCCCCGCGGGCCGGCACCGGUCUCCAUCAUCAUCAAAUCCAACUCCUUUCAUUCUCCUCUUCCAUUCACCUACCCAAAGACCAACUCUGGAAAUAGUAACCAAAAGAGGAGCCCACGUCGUACACAAAGCAGAGAAAGAUUGAAAUAAUUGAAGGGUUGGCCAGAUGCAGUGGGGCAUGGAGUGAACAGAAAGAGGUUAAAUUGAUGGAUGACCAACAAGAGCAGGAUUGUGCCUCAGAAGACCAAGAAACUAUCCUGAUUAAUGGGGUGAAAGAAAAUGAAGCGCAUCCCCUGGAUGGCAAUGAGAGGCCUUGCACCACCGCCGAGGCCACGGUCACGUUCUCAGCCUUGACAGCAGCUCAGAAGGAAAACCACGCGUGCCACCGGGCGCUGCCUCCCCUGACGUCAAAGAAGCCGUGCUUGCUGAGCCCUCCAUCGCCGCUGCGGCUCACGGAUGCACCCGAGCACGCCUCGGAUGACUCCUCCGCCCACGCCAUCUCCCUCACGUCCUGUGUGACAAAGGGCAUGAGCUCCUGGUCGCUGCCGGGCGACUGUGAGAAGGCUCCCUUCACCAUGAUGGAGCCCGGAGGCAUGUCGGCACUGACGGGCGACUGCUUGAUGCAGCCGAGCCGGACCUGUCUGGGCUGUUUUAUUGAAUCAAAGGACGGCAUUGAUGCAGAGCCGGGAAUAAGCUUGAAAGUGGGGGAUAUAAAUAGGGAUUAUGACACCUGUUCGGUCUCUGAUAUAGGGAUUCACUGCAUGAGCACAGGAGAAACCAUGAGAUAUGGGGAUCAACUGCUUUCAGACCAGCUUUUAAGCUUCCCUAUGCAUAAAUCGAGGGCAGCGGACAAAAGAGAUGCAGAAAAAUCUGACAGUGAUUCAGAGGACCCCACUCAGAAAAAUUAUUACGAGGGAUUAUUAUUAGACAAAUGCAAUGGUGAGGAACCUUUACUAACAAAUCCCAACCAGGAAUGGGGCUAUUUUGAAUCUUUCAUUAGUGAAAGUAAAAUUGAGCUGCUUGACCUCUGCUCCAAAAAUGAGCUUUCUGUAAAUCUGUUUUCCGAGGAAGAUGUGGAUAAUUACAUGUUUGAUGAUGAUGAUUCCACCUUGGGAAGCGAUGUCUGCUCCCUAAAGAUUAGAUAUGAAUCUUUCCAGGACAACGUGCGGGAGAAGACCACCACCCUGCAAGAAGACGCCCAGUUCAACUUCUUCCCCAGUGUGUUCAGCAACUGCACCAAAAGGGACAGCAGGAGCACCCUGAAGAGGGGGCCCGGCAGUGCCACUGACCCUUCUCAAUUCAAAUCUGAGGAAGGCAUCAUCUGGGGGGAGGAAGAGGAGGAUGGUGAGGAAGAGGGCGGUGAGGAGGAGGAGAAGGCUGCCUUAAAUAAAUCUUGCAACAGCACGGAGAUGGUGCAGUACGUGAGUUCCAAGAGGAGCCACUUCUUGGACUCGGUGAAUUCCACAGAGGACUCCGGGGAGUUUAGCGAUGACAGCACUUGCACUGAGUCCUCCUACGAUGUGCUGCGGGAUAUCAAGGACUGCAGUCGGUACUUGUCCCGGGACCACUCCGGCUCCUUCAUUCAGCAGAACUAUGGGUUGCGGGCGAAGAGGAAAGUGCGAUACAGCGACGACUACUUGUACGAUGUGGAUUCCAUCGAGAACGAGAAGAUCUUGGACAAGAAGGAGUGGCUCCCAGAUGGGCCCAAGGAAGAGGACGAUGAUGAGUGGUGCCCCAAGAAACGGCGAAAAGUCUCUCGCAAGGAGCCCCCCGUUAUCAUCAAGUACAUCAUCAUUAACAGGUUUAAAGGGGAGAAGCAUAUGCUGGUGAAGCUCAGCAAAGUGGAUGCCAACGAGACAACUGUUACCCUGAAUGAGGAGCUGCUCAGCAAAUAUGAAAAGCUGGCCCCACUGAAGGGCUUCUGGCAGGAGAGGCAGCAGAGCCGGCUGGAUUUGCUCAGAUCGUCUCUCUACCACAAGCAGAAUUUCUAUCUUAACGGCUCAGAUGCUUCAUUCCUCCCUCACCCACGGAAGCGAAAAUGCAAGUUAGCAAACAGGCACCGGAUUCAAAGAAUUAAAGCCAUUGAGCAAUCAGUAAACAAGCUGGGCUCUUGCUCCUCUGAUCACAAGCAACCAUGCAGCAGUAAAGAGGAUGCGGGCCUGAAAGGGCUGCCGGCGUUAGCCAUCGCCACCCCCAGCUGUGCCAAUGGAUUACAUGUAAGUGACAUCACGGGCAUCGCCGCCAUGAAAUGCAAAUCACAGGAGCGGGAGCACAAGGGGACGGAAAGGAAAGUCCUCCGCAGAAUCAAAUUCAAAAGUGAAGCCAGAUUGAAGUGCAAGAAGAUCAAAGCUGCUACCAGUACGGUGGAGGACUCCCUGGCGCUGGAAAAUCAGGACUCUGCAGUGCGACUGAAGGACAAAAAUGUUCCUUGUGCUUCAGACAGCUCCCAUCUCCCGGAGCACCACGAGGAUAAGGUUGCUAAAAAUUCUCCUUUCCUACCAUCCACCUCCUCUUCAGACAAGCCUCUGCCAUCUGCUAAUAUCACCACCAAUGUCCCCCUGAUCCCUGGAGGGUAUCUGCAGACGUUGUUAGAUGCUUCUGAUUUGUCGAGCAACGCCAGUAUCUCAUAUUUCACCCAGCAUCCCUCUGAGCAGCAGCAGCACCCACUCCCCAGCAUCGUCCCAGCAGAAAAGCCCUUCCCAGCUCUGCAGCCAGCGCAGAGCUGUGUGCUCUCCCCACCCUCCGAGUCAGAGCUGCAGCAGUCACCCGGCCACUUGGAGAUGGAGCAGAGCAGCUUCGGUAGCAUGUGGCCGGCCAGCAAGGCUGCAGGCAGCACCCGCCAGGACUUCCCCAGUGAGAUGCCGGAGGCGGCCGGGCUGCCGAGCGAGUUUGGCGGUGGCAGCAGCAGUGCCACGGGCGCAGACGGCCUCCCCGCCUCUGGAUACACUCAAGUCAAUCUGAAUAGUGGCAAAUUGCUAUACCAAAAAAAUUACAUGCCGGAUAGCCAACAAGUGCAGUCUGAUGAUUCUUAUCAGUCAUGUCAUUUUAAUAAUGGAGAGGGGCACUUUCAUUUCCAGCGAGGUACACUAAGUACAGAUGAUGGCAGGCUCAUUAGUUUUGAUUCAGUGGGUUCAUUGUCAGUUAGUUCUAGCAAUUACAGUUCUUUAAGUUUAAAGUCUUGUGAAAAGGAUGGUGAGGAUGAUAUUAAUGAUGAUUUCUUGGCCCACUGCAGUCCCAAGCUAGUGAUCCAGCAGAGCAUAGAUGAAAUCACCCCUUUGAAGGAGUCCACGGACCUUUUAGAUAUUUCCAACUUCACGCCUGAUAAGUUCCGCCAGUCGUCGCUUUCAGAGAUGUCCCCUCCAGAUACUCCGAACCUGUCCCCACAAAUAGCUGGCUCAGACACCAAGCCUCUGGGCACCCUGAAGGGCUUUCAGGAGAGCCCCCAGCCUGCCCUCAACAGCUCCGAGAAGGUGAAGUGGAACUGUGGGGUCCUGCAGACCGAGGAGCAGGCAGAUAAUGGGUUUGCUUUAAAUAAUCACCAGUUCCAGUUCCAUAUGUUCAAUGAUGAAGAUUCUGUCAGCCUUCUCGAAAAGAGUCCAUGCUUGUCAACAUUUAAUGAGCCAUCUGGUCAAAUUAGCACCAAUAGCAAAGUGUCAAAAUCGAAGAGGAAAAGUUCAUCCAGCAAGAACGUGGGUACAAACCAAAGCUCUUCCCAGAAAGCCACCCGGAAAAAAUCACCCAAACCCAACAAAGGAACUGAUAAGCCGCAAGGGAAAAACUCAAGGCAGGCGCCCAAAUCCACCAGGAAAGGGAAAAAUGCAGUGGGAGUUAACGGUGAGAAGGCUCCAGCCAUUGGUGGCAGGGUGGUCAACCAGCUGAGCAACGCGGCCACCACCACCAAGGGUCUUGCCGAGAGCACUCAGCACUGCAGCCCGGCUGGAGUGAAACUGGGCAAACACAAUGGGCUCUCCGGAGACUGGGCGCUGGGCAAAGAGCGAGGCGUGGGCUGGUCAGAAGCCAGCCUGGGCAACGCCACCAGCCUCCUGGAUGAUGAUCAGAGGGAGUUUGAGGAACCUUCCAACAUCCUGUCUAAUAUCGCAUCGGGAAUGGCAGACGUCCAGAGAUUUAUGAUGGCCUCCAUUGAGCCCUUGUGGGGGCCAGUUGGCCACAACAGUGUUCCAGACAUAUUCCGGUCACCAGAGUCCAACAGCCUGAAACUGAAAACUCUUAAAAUUUUGGCAGGGACAACCCAAGAGUCGAAGAAGAAGGCGAACGGCAGCUCGGCAGCGGCAGCGAAGAACCACAAGUCAAACAACAAGGGCUCAAACAAAAAUGGCAAAGCCGCAACCUGCGACCCCGCUCGCCCCAACUGCUCCACCGGGUACAGCCCGGACGUUCACCCGCCCUUUUUUGAUAAAAACUAUAGUAACCUGAGCACUUUAGGCAAUAACGGACCUACCCAUAAAAAACUCUACCGUCACAAAUCCAGUUCAAAAUCACUGCGGGAUGAGAACUGUAAAAUAAAGCGGACGGAGCGCGAGCAGCCCCACAAGGACCCUCCCGUGACAGACGCUUUUGAGAAACUGAGGGAAUCAGACUCCAUUCUUCUUAAAGCAGAAACAGCAUUUUUGGUUCCUGUGUUUGAAGAAGAGACUCCCUUUUCUAGAAAGACUGUUGAUGUUUGUUUCUUUUCUUUUUUUUUUUUUCGGUUGGGGUUUUUCCCGUCGGUUCCUUUUUGCAAUCUGCCUUGUGCUAUGUUGACAUGUAAGUGCUGAGAUGAUGAGUUUGAAAUCGUGGGAAUUUUAUUAUUCGAAAGCGAACCUGGUAUUCUCUGUGAAAGACUGAAAAGUCAUACUGUUGUACAGUAGUUUAUGCACUAUUACCCACAACAACAAAAAAUUGUGCCAAACUAUGAACAAGUGACUGUAUUGUACAUAUUUUUACUUCUCUAUCAACAUUGGGUUGUGAGUGUUUUCUGCAGCUAUGCCUUUUGGUUUGACUAGAAACAUUCCAGUUGUUAAGUACUAACCACCCCUUUGGAAAGCACCUGUAACUCACCAGGAAACGAUGUUGUUCACUUAGACAACUUACCAAAAGUUUUAUGGACAUGACUAAACGUGUGCCAAAUUUACUUACCUCAUCUCAUGGAUUCACCCUGUGGUUAAAGCUCAUAAAGGGAAAAAAAAAAUAACACACAAAAAAAAGAAAAAAAAAGGAGGAAAAAAAGGGGAAAAAAAAAAAAGAAAAAAGGAACUUUGAAACCGAUGCUGGGAAAUGUAACGUCCUCUCUUUGAAACCAUGAGCAGAAAAACUUAACGGUGAAAUGUUGAGUUUCGUUGUAGGAGAGAGCUGAACUGGUGGAGGAGUUGGAAGCCCACAGACGGUAAGUUUGCCAGGAACUCAAGUGUCUGCAUCCAGAGAUUCCCGAACUGCUGCUCUUCAGGUGUCUGUUUUCUUAAAGCAAAACCUGUAGCUGAAGAUCAUUUGAAAUGCAAAGUGACAUUGCUAAUCCUUUGUAUCUCAGUUUUAUAUAUUUUAUAAGAACCUGGGAUAAACUCUAAAAUAGUUAUAAACACAGGACUAACGCGUUUCAUACAUUUAUCGCUGUUUACUUUUUCUUUGAGCAGUUUCUUAACCAUUUCUGAUGCAGAGCCUGUUGAAAGCGCUCUCCUGUCAUGGCUUUGGUGUUUCCUACAUGUCGAACCUUGUGAUGCCAGUAUAAUUUGAACUUUCUAAAGCAGCGUCAUUGGUUUUAAAUACCACUUGGAACCUUUUCUUUGAUUCAGUUCAUAAGAUAAGAAAAACAAAACCAACGGAGCUAUUUGUGAUCUCACCGAUCAGGGCCGGAUCAUACAUGACUGGACUUUACUAAGACAGCAUUAAGUAUUGAAUGCUAAAUGUAUUCUCAAAAGGCCUUAUUUGUAACCCUACUCGCCGCACCCUCGCCCUCCAAGAGAAUAACAAACCCCCACAAAUCUCUAUUUUCCUUGUGCAACUGAGCGCCUGUGCAUUUUGCUGCUGAUUCCUUAUGAAACCUUGAUAUGCAAGAGCCCUGCUAAAUGGGAGCUGUUGGGAGCAGAGGGAUGCCAGGCUUGGAGACGUUUAUGCAAUAGAACACGAUGAGGACGAGGAGCCUUAAUAGCAGUCGGACAGAUCACGUUCUCACCACUGUCAUGAGCACAGAGGUGGUGUUGCGCAGAGCACAGGGCAAGACUCUGGUCUCCUUACACACAUGGAGAGGGGGGGUUUAAGCCCACAUGCAAGGCAAAACAGCAGAAUCGUUUUAAGUUAAUUUAGAAAAAAAAAGCAGACUGGACACUUAAAAUGGAAGUAGAGUUGCAAAUUGUCAAUUUAGAGUCAAAAUGUUCUUGGUAUUUGCAGACCAUGAGGUGUAGCUUGGGCUCAGCUCUGCAGUCCCAGAGAGAGCAGCAUGGUAAUUGCAUUGCAUUUUAUUUAACAGAUUGAAGAAGGAACUAAAAAAAAAAAAAAACAGUUCUGAAAACCAUCCCAUAAGUUCAUUUAUUCCAUGCAAAAAUGCAAUGCUGGCAUUGCCUGGAGUGAGUUGUGCCAGAUGAGAACGGUCCCUGGGUACCCCAUGGGUUGGAGCCACCAGGAGUGGGGUACAAUGUCCCACCCCGGCUCUGCCUCGAGGGGGGAGAUCUAGAAGAUGCUCAGGAUUUAUUUUGGAGACAAGAGCGGCGCUAGGGCUCCAUCCCUGGGCAUUUGGCUUGCCUGCAGCCACUGUCUCUCCCCUGCUUCCCCAGCAGCUGGCUUUUCGAUUGGUAGGGUGUCAGAUAUUACAGGCUCUGACCACUGAUGUGGUGUUGGCAUAUCCUGGGGUUUCAGCCUUCCUCCCACAUGCUGCAGGAUGAGGGGCUUGCGGCUCCUUUCUUUCAGGCUGCUGCUCCUACAGAGACAGGUCAGGUCCAGUGCUGGGAUGCAGCACGACCAUUGUUUUUGACCCAGAACCAUAGUUUGAAAGCACAUUUCGACUGGCCUGCACUGUGCUCAUUGUGCUCCAUGUUAGGACUAUGAGACUCGUAAUAAAAUACCUUGUACUGAACCAGAUAGCAAUAUUUAUUGCAUUCAAGAAAUGUGCAAUAGGGCAUGAAGAUAAGGCAUAAAACGUAUCGACUAUUUUAUUAUGUGUUGGAAAUCCAUGAAUACCCAGCUACCAGGUGUUUCAGGACAGUGUUAAUCACAAAUACCAGCCGCCUUGUUGCUCUCUCCUUCAGUCUUUUGUCACAUCGAUUUUGCAGCUGUGUUCAGCUGUCAUCCCAUGUCCCUCCCAAAAAUCUCUCGCUGGGGAAAUGAAGAGCCCAGAUCCCUCGCGGCGUGGCACUGGCUCUUCUCUGCACCCGAAAAAGGGAUCCCAAAUCAAUCCCUGAUUGAUCCCAAAAUUCAGAACUUGCCUUGAGCCAACCAUUUGCCCUUUUGAUCUUUAUAGAAUGAUUUGGAUUUGACGGGACCCUCAAAGCCCAUCCAAUCCACACACCUCCCACCCCAACAAUGAGAAGGGGUGUCUUCAAUUCAAUCAGGCUGCUUAGAGCCCCAUUCCACCUGACCUUGAAUGUUGCAAGGGAUGAGGCAUCUACCACCUCUCCAGGCAACCUGUUCCAGUGUUUCAUGAUCAGCAUAGUAAAACAAUCCUUCCUUAAGUCUUUCUCUGCAGGACUACUCUCAGUCCCUUCAUCCUCCAGCCUGUAUUAAUAUCAGGAGUUGCCCAGGUGCAGGUCCUUGCACUUGGCCUUGUUGAAUAUCAUGAGGUUAAUAUGGACCCAUUCCUCCAGCCUGUCAAGGUCCCUCUGGAUGCCAUCCCAUCCCUCAGGCGUGUCACCUUCACUGCACAGCUUGGUGUCAUCAGAAAACUCUCUGAGGUUGCACUUGAUCUCACUGUCUGUGUCAUUGAUGAAGAUAUGAAACAGCACUGGUGUCAGUACGGAGCCCAAAGGACACCGCUUGUCACCAGCCUCCAUCUGGGAAUUGAGCUUUUGACCACUGCCCUCUGGAUGCCACCAUUCAGUCAAUUCCUCAUCCACUGAACAGCCCACUCAUUGACUCCAUCUCUCUCCAGUUGAGAAAGAAGGAUGCCAUGGGGCACCCUAUCAAAGGCCUUAUAGGAUUCCAGACAGAUGACAUCCAUAGCUCUUCUCUUGUCCACUCCAUCGCAGAAGGCCACUAGGCUGAUUAGCGAGGACUUGCCGUUGUGGAAGCCGUGCUGGCUGUCCUGAAUCACCUCCCUCUCCUCCAUUGUGCCUUAGCAUGGCUUCUAGGAGGAUCUAUUCCAUGAUCUUCCCCAGCACAGAGGUGAGGAUGACAGGUUGAUAGUUCCCAGGCUCCUUCUUUCUAUGCUUUUUAAAGGUGGAUGUGAUGUUUCCCUUUUUCCAGUCAACAGGGGCUUCCCCUCACGGCCAUGACUUUUCAGAUAUCAGAGAGAGUGGCUUGGCAACCACAUUUCUUCAGGACUCUGGGGUGCACUUCAUCAGGUCCCACAGGCUUAUGUGUGUUCAGGUUCCUCAAGUGGUCACAAACCUGAUUUUCUCUUACAGCGGGAGGGGCUUUGCUCCCACCUGUCCCUGCCUUGCAGUCCAUCCACUCCAGAGGUGUGGGAAGAGAGGAUGCCAGAGAGGACUGAGGCAAAAAACGUUGUUGAGUACCUCAGCGUUCUCCUUGUCUGUGGCUACCAGGUUGCCAGUCAUGUUGCCUUCAGGCUCCAACCCUGCAAAACCGGACAGCAUCCCUAUCCUCUUCCCAGGAUUCCGAUCCCUGCUUCCACUGCCUGUGCAGUUCUCUUUGGUUUGACCAGCAGGUCUCAACACAGCCGUGCCAAUCUCUUACCUUCCUUGCCUGAUCUCUUGUACCUGGGGAUUGAGAGCUCUUGUGCUCUGUGGAAAGCGUCCUUAAAGCUCUGCCAGUUUGGAAUCUGCUCCCCUGUCCCUGAGGGCAGUUUCCCAGGGGGUCCUAUCGAGUAACCCUUUGAAGAGCUGGAGGUUUGCUUUCCUAAAAUCCAUCUCCACUUGCCUAUCACUACCUCAAGGUUCUCCUCACUUCCCACCUUUGCCUCGUUCCUUGCCAGUCGAGCUUACUUUUUCCACUCGCCCUUCUUGUCAGUAUUGAUGAAUGUUUGUUUUUCACGGCGCUGCUCCCAGUUGCUGGAGGAGUGGGAUAUUGGUCCCAUCCAUCCCUGCCCACCAUCCGUGCACCCUGGGGCUCCCUGCACCUCCCAUCUCAGCUCAUCCUCUUGCCCAGUCCCGUGAACUUCCAGCCUCCUCUUACAUCUUCUAGUUGGGAUCCCGGGGCGCCUAAUCCAAGCCACGCAAAACAUGUUUAUUCUGCAGCAUCCUUUAAAAUGUCUUUUCUCCUUUAUCUUGUUUCACAGAAGUUUCACAGAAUCACAAGGUUGGAAAGGACCCAUUGGAUCAUUGAGUCCAACCAUUCCUAACACUCCCUAAACCAUGUCCCUAAGCACUUCAUCCACCCGUUCCUUAAACACCUCCAGGGAAGGCGACUCGACCCCCUCCCUGGGCAGCUGUUCCAGUGCCCAAUGACUCUUACUGUGAAGAAUUUUUUUCUGAUAUCCAACCUGAACCUCCCCUGAUGGAGCUUCAGGCCAUUCCCUCUUGUCCUGUCCCCUGUCACUUGGGAGAAGAGCCCAGCUCCCUCCUCUCCACAACCUCCUACUCCAGCGGCAUCCCAUCAUCCACCUUCUGAGGGGACCAGUGUCAGUGAUGCUGCUUUCCUAAGCUGUGCCACACUGUGGUUUGGGCAACAAACAAUCAGCAGCCAAAAGUAGGAAAGCGAAAGCCAGCUCCUAGCGAAAGAAGCUCAUAAAAUCCACGCAAGAGCAGACCAGCGUGGGGCAGAGCAGGGGAAGGCAGCACUUGCCGGUCUCUUCCUCUCUGGAGGAAGCAUUCAUUUCCCUGCAGCGACUGUGGCACGUAGAGGAUGUCCUGCAGAAAGAAACCCUACAGAGACCUAGCAGGAGCCAGCCCACUCCCGGUGGCCGCGGUUUGCUGGAGGUCCUUGCGUACAGAGGUUUUGUAAAUAGAAAAACAUCAGUGAUGGGGAUCCAUGUAAACUUUUUUUUUUUUAAAAAAAAAACAGGUUUACAUCGCGCUUUUCUUUUUUUAAGUGUAAGAGGGGUGGGUUUUUUUAUAAAAAAGGCUUGAGAAUAAUGACUUGCAGACCAGCUUUAGCCAGGUGUCUUGGGAGGAGGAGGUCAACAUCAGCAUGAGGGCUGUGCAGAGGGAAAAGCCAAGGCUGACAUCAGCCUGGUGGUGGUUGCUUUGCCAAGUUUUUUUAAACAGUCUGGAUCACUGUUAUUUUUUCCCAGCACUAUGGCUCAAAUGAGCCACGAACCAAAAUCAAGAUGUUUUAAGCAUUUUCAUCCCUUGCCUGUGGGGCUCUUCUUUCCCUAAGGCCCUGAUCUAGCAAAGCACUUAGGUGGGAGCUCACUCCCGGGGCUCCUGCUCGCUGGGUGCUUUCCUGCUUGGCAGCGAACCGCCGGCAUUAAAGCAAAGAAAAGUCCCUUGAAGUCAGCAUAAGGGAGAAAGGCAUCAGGUGUGUGGACUUCAGUUGGUGCAGGAUCAGGCCCUCGGUCUUACUUUCUCAGUGUGUUGGAUUUUACCUGUGCAGCUCCCAGGGGGGUCAGGUGAAAGUUGCACGGUUCAAGCCGCUGACAUCUGUUUGAGAAUGUGCCUCUUUAGCUCUUCAGCACGUGAA